AUGGCAACAUGGACAGCCAACCGCGGCGGCCGGUCCAGGUUCCUCCGCCAAGUCUCGCACUACCUCUUCCGCUACGCGACUUGGAUCCCGCCGCUCAUCUGGUUCAACGCCUACGUCGCCCAGGUCACCUUCAUCCGGGGGCCGUCCAUGUACCCUUUUUUGAACCCGCAGUACAACAAGUCGCUGCGUGAGGAUCUAUGUCUGGUCUGGAAGCUGUAUGCGCAGGAGGGGUUGAGGAGGGGAAUGGUUGUUACGUUCAGUAGAAAUCCGUACGAUCCCAACAAGGUCACGGUCAAGCGGAUCGUGGGCUUGGAAGGGGACGUUGUUAAGACUAAGCACCCGUAUCCGUAUGACUAUGUGGCCGUGCCCGAGGGGCAUAUCUGGGUGGAAGGGGACGGGGAUAAGAGCCAGGAUAGCAAUUACUAUGGGCCCAUCUCGGUGAGGCUGGUUACGGGGAGGGUGACGCAUGUGCUGUCGCCGUGGGAGCGGGCGGGGAGGGUACGGUGGUGGGAGCACCCACUAAGGAUGGGGGUGCAUCGGGCGGCGUAG